AGACGAAGCAGCACAUGCGAUCAUCUCCCACCGAUCUGAAUCUCAAGCUGUUAAAAUAUCCGUUCUCCUUCUAUUUCCUUCUUGUGGUGAAAGCCUAUCCUGCUUACAGAGAUCUGACUCUCUGGGAUAUCUUGAGCUCUUACUAGCCUAGUUACUCUAUUUUGCUUUCAAACCACUGCUUUCUCCUUCUGGUGGCCUGCGAAAACUUGUUCUGUGGGACUAUCAACGAUCCAUCACGUUUUAUAAUCUGUACAAUCAAGGAACAUAUUGACUAUCAUUUAUCAUCCAUGACUAUGGGUGUCCUCUCCUUCGAGCACUUCGCGCUGGUCGCCCUAGUCUCUAUUGUCACUGCUCAAACAUGCUACUAUCCAGACCAUAGUACGACAUCCGUGGACAUACCCUGUAAUACCACCGCUGAAUUCUCAUCUUGCUGCGGCGCCGGCGCCUUGUGCCUUGCCAGCGGUCUCUGCUACAUCGACGGCGUGAUAUCGCGAGGAAGCUGUUCCGACAAAUCGUGGGCUGAUGCCUCUUGUGCCACUGCAUGCCAGGACGACAACGCUGACGGCGGCAUGGCCCUGACAUCCUGCGGAAGUGGCACCGACCACAAGUACGCCUGUGGCUUUAAUACCGUCUGCACAGACAGUAAUUGGUUCACCCUCGACAACAUGACUGACCUCAUCUUACGGCCCUCACAAGUAUCUGCCGCCGUAGUCGCACUCGGUACCGCAUUUCAUAACCCAACAACAUCUUCAAACUCCUCGAUCCCGAGUCCGUCUCCUUCCCCAUCUCCCUCCGAAUCCCCAUCCGCAAAACCAGCAGAUUCCACCGGCUAUUCCGCCGGCGCCAUGGCCGGCGUCGGGGUUGGGGUCGGACUCCCGCUUUUACUUGCGCUGGCCGUGGCGCUUUUCCUACUGCGUAACGAGAAAAAGAAGAAUCUACUGUAUGCGGCGAAUGCCCAGAGGGUAACCGGAACUAGAUAUAAUGGGCAGACUGGCAUGCAGGACGCGCAGAGAGGGAGUUCUACGGUGCAGGGGAUGUACCCAAAGGUUAUGGCUCAAGAGUCCAGGUUUGAGAGGACUCAUGGGCCUGUACCGAUGGAAUUGGAGGCGAAUCUGCCGGCGGCGAGUGAGGUUGAGGCGAAGCAAACUCAUGAGAAGUAGGGGAAAAGGCUGCUGGUGCUAGGGAGGACCUGGGAUAUCUGCUAUCCCGUUAAUGGAAAGAGUUGGAUGUUACCCGCCAUCCAUGUUUUGAUGGGAUGAGUUUGCAGCACUCAGGAGUGGGACGUCUAUCAGAUCAUAGAUAGCGCGAACAUGUCAGCGUGUGAUUUAUUCCGAGGGGAGUACUUAUUUUACAUAUAUACAACUCAUGUGUAAC